AAACUAUGUUCAACGGGAAAUUUUGGGGCAGGAACAAGUUGCGCGAGUUCGAGAACCGGAUGCGCCGCAUCGGAGCCCCGAAUUCGGACGUGCCUCUGCCAGAAGAACGUGGGCUGCCUGGACCGUCAGGAUUGCGGAGGAUUCAGGCCCAGAGGCACAGCAGAGACCGGAGCCUGUCCAGGGCCGUGUCAAUGCGAAGUCGAGGACUCGUGGAAUCGAAACGUGCCGCCGAAGCCGAACUGCGAAUGGGUGUCAAACUUCACGGAGCUCCGUCGUCAGUGGAGCGAUCACGGGCGACGGGAGUCCUGCAAAUGCUGCAACUGCCGCCCCAGCCGGCCCAGCACCCCCUGCCGCCCUUGCAUUCCCUGCCCGCCUGCGACCCCCUGCUGUUCGUCGACCUCGGUAUCUUGCCAGAAACGUGAUCCUUGCCAAGCCCCGUCAGAUCCUUGCGCCCGGACCUGCUGCGAGGGUUCGCGACUCGGUGGCGGCGGGUGCUGCUCUUCUCCAGGGAAAUCGAGCUGCUGCCCCUCGGAGUCCAGCUCUGACGCUUGUCCGCCUCCGAGCUGUUGCGAUCAGGCUAAUCCCUCUUGUCAGCCUUGCUCGCCGCAGCCCCGACCGAUCCUGAAGAAACGGAGCUGCUGCAUAUGCGCUCCGGGUGGCUGCAUGUGCCAGCCGAUGCCGAGAAACUGCAACUGCCCGCCACCCGUACAGAUUGACGCGAGAGCCGACGAGGACUGCUCGUGCGACUGUCCUUCCGCACCCGAGUGCGCCUGUCCACCGAGCGAACGCCGGUUCUCCAGGACCAAGGUGAAGUGUCCCAACGCCAGGAUCUGCUGCCCCGUUCCUCGCCAGCCCCCAGGAACACCUUGCUGCUGCAUCGAGUGCCGACCCUGCCUCCCGCCGCCCUGCGACCCCUGCUCGUCGACCAGAUGCCGCCCAUCGACGCCUCGGACCAAGCCCUGCAGGCCGGCCUCACCUUGUCCCCCUAGCUCGCCCUGUCGCCCAAAGCGAAGCUCUCCUUGUCAAAAACCGGCACCACCCUCGCCCUCUCGAUCCUCCGCUCGCUCCUCGUCCCGAGGAUCAAGUUGUUGCUCACCGUGCAGAGCGCCAGGUCAGUCGUCUUCAACCUGCGAUGAUAACGGCGAGGUGGUCGAGGUCACGCGGGCACGCGGAGAUGACGGAGAGCGAUACUGCGCCGGCGAUGCCGAUCGGCGUUCAAGGUGUCGCUGCGCUCACGACGGGAAGGGUUGCGUCGAUGAUUGCCGCUGGCGCUGCUCAAGGAACUGCGCCGGCGAACCCUUGACAGGGAGCUGCGAACGGCCGAAAGAACCGGGGAACAACGAGGGCCGGGCCCCGAACGUAUCGCAGGUUGCCACCGGCGUCGAUAAAUCUCUUUCGAUCGAUCACCGUCAGGUGGAUCAUUCGGUGACGAAAAUUGAGGCUGCUCCUGAGCUGCGUGCCGCAACUUAUCCUGGCAACGCUGCUGCGGUCGGAGCGCCUGGUGCUCGCGGUACUCGCGGUACUUCCGGUUGGAAGGUCUUCCCUCGCAAGGUUUCGCGCAGUGCGGUUUCACCUGUUGGUGGAACAGGCAAUUCCCUUUCCAACGUGAUCGCCGCACGGAAAUCGGCUGCCACCCCCGGUGUCAACCGCACCCCGAUCGGCACAAACGCGUUGCACGCUCGUCUCGUCGCAAAGAGGAUGGCUCCUGGGCGAUCGGGGCUCGGUGUUCGGACCCAUCCGGCUUCUCGCGAUUCGUCCAAAGGCUAAGAAGAAUUAUUAAAUUGGGGCGAUGUGGGCUUCGAGGAGAAACCGGGAGUCGGAGGGUAGAUUGGUUCAAAGAUACCGCGAUAUCGGUUUCACUCACGCGUGCGCGUAGAAAAAUGACUGUCAGAAAUCGUUGAUACGAUUACGAUGACGAUAGUGAUUAUGACGAUUAAUUAUGUGAAUGUCGAUUUAACGUAAAUACUGAUGGCUGUAUGUACCCCCUUGUUAUGACUAAAGGUGUGUGACGGUGUGGUGCCUCCAGUAGGUGGCGGCGACGCGGAAAUUCCCUCGUGCCCUUGCGUGUCCGAACGGGAGUGCUGCGCAGGGGGUGGCGGCGAGUUAAUCUCGUACCUCGGCGACAUUGGCCACUCCAUUCUCGUACCCGGUCCUCUCACCCUCAUUUCCUUCGCCCUGCUGAUACUCGUUGCCGUUACCUGGGCCUUUGGCCUCGCCUUCUACCACCGAUGUUUGUGUGUCAAGAAAGUAUGUCUGAGGUACUCUGGUCGGUGAUGCAUUUAUGGAAAACAGAUCGAUGUAUACGAUAAAUACGAAAAACAAAAAA